UACAAUUAAUCGUCAAAUCUGGAGAAAUACAGUCACCGAAUGGAGAAACAGUCGAAAUGCAGGGAUUGUGGGAAGGGGUUCAGUUACUUGCCUGAGGUGGAAACACAUCAAUGCAGUCACGCUGCACAGAAACGCUGCAAAUGUGGGGACUGUGGGAAGGGAUUCAGUUACCCAUCCCAGUUGGAAAUCCACCGACGCAGUCACACUGGGGAGAGACCUUUCACCUGCACAUUGUGCAGGAAGGGAUUCAGAGAGUUAUCCAAACUCCACAUCCACAUGCGCGUUCACACCGGGGAGAGGCCAUUCCCCUGCUCGGUGUGUGGAAAGCAGUUUACACAGUCGUCCAGCCUGCUGACGCACCAGCGUGUUCACACUGAUAAGAAACCUUUUAAAUGUUCGGAGUGUGAGAAGAGUUUUAAAAGCAGAAGUGAGGUGCUGACACACCACCGCACGCACACUGGGGAGAGGCCAUUCACCUGUUUAGAGUGUGGAAAGGGAUUCACUCAGUCAUCCACCUUGCGCAAACACCAGAAAGUUCAUAAUAGGGAGAGGCCGUUUGUCUGCUCUGUGUGUGGGAAGGGAUUCACUCAGUCGUCAAGUUUGGUGGAGCACCAGAGAGUUCACACAGGGGAGAGGCCUUUCAUCUGCUCUGUGUGUGGAAAGGGGUUCACUCAUUCAUUCAACUUGCUGAGACACCAGCGCAUUCACACUGGUGAGAGGCCAUUCACUUGCUCUGUGUGUGGGAAGGGAUUCACUCGUUCAUCCAACUUUGAGACUCACCAGCGAGUUCACAAUAACUGACUUUAAGGAUUGGAUUCUGCUUCUCACGCUGUUGUUAAUUACAAACAGGACUGAAUCAUGUUCACUCAGACAGUUGGAGUUUGUUUUUUUUUUGCUGCUAUCUGGAGCCUUACAAUUGAACUAGUGUUUAAUAUCAGAAUGUUAGUACAUAUAAUUUAUUUUGAACACUUUCUUUUGUCACUUCAGUUUUGUCCUCGCAUUAGACGCAAGCAUUCCAACAAUAAUAAAUAACCCAGAAAAAGCAAGGAAAUAAAUUAAUAACCAUCAGUAGGGAGAAAAAUACGAGGCAAACUAAUGGGGCGAAAUGCAGACAAGUUUCCUGGACUUGAUGGAACAUCUAGGAUAUUAAAAGUAAUAGCUACGGAGAG